UUCACUUCUUCGAUCCGUUUGCCAACGUCGAAACGUUUCACGAUUUUCUGUCAGAGGUUCCCGAGUAUAGGUUGAAGUUCACCGGUUUCGAUGAACUCACUGGAAGUUUGGAUACUUAGCUGAAGGUGAAUCCCAUCGGUGUAACGUCAACAAGAAGUGGCUGGUUCAGACACGUGUUCACGAAUGAGAGGAAUAAAGAUUGCUUCUCGCGAUCAGGAGGAUCCUUUCAAGAGUACGGAGUAGAAGAUAAAAGAAAACGAUGGAUAGAAUACGACACAGUGUUCUACUACUCCUUUGUAUUUCUUACGUGUCAACUAUGGACCCCAAUUUCGAGGAAAUUCAUUCGUCUACGGACUCUAAUGAGUCCAACGAUUCUGAAAUUUUAACAGCUGUGCAAACUUACAGACAUCCAAGAGUGUAUCGACGGGGUUACUACGAAGAACACGAUUCCAUGUUUCAAGAUGAUCAUCACGAUCAAGAGGAAGAGAACGCGAUGCAAAGCAUGUCGAAAUCGAAGGUCGACUAUUGGGGUGGUUACUAUGAUUUUUUGAUAAACGAGGGAAGUUACAAAUUCUGGGCCGUGUUUCAAUUAGCCACGGCAGCUCUGCUCAUUUACAGCGGCUUUGCCGCGCUUUAUUACGCCAAAGUAAACCCUCCGACCACGGACGACGAAUUCGACGAUAUUUUACGUCGAAGGAAACGUAGGGAUCUAUCUAUUUUCCCGACGGAUAAAUCCUUUUGCGGUUUAGAUAGCGCCACGUUUCAAAGGAUAAUCGAUGCUGUUGCGAGGGAAAUUCAUUAAUAGAUAAAAAAUCUGGGAAUAAAUAAUGAAAAGAAUCAGGGUGCGAAUGUAGGUACGGUCCUGUACUUGCGAAAAAGGCGCUGGAGGGCCGCUCGUUACGUAGCACUGUUCGACAAGAAAAUUUGCCUCCGAGCUUGAACCGCGCAUAUCGCGCAUACGUAUUCGCAUAUAAAAUUCGUACAGACGGCCGUGCAUAUGUAACCGACCACGUAGCCACCGUUGAUUUAUCGGUCGACAUUUUUUCGACGGAUUUUUAUUACGUUUUGAUCCCUUCGCGCAUACAUUUUAGUAGCAUCUGCUACCGCCGAGGCAGCAACGCGACAUCAUCGUCCAAAUCUACGCUCUUCAACCUCUUCCUCGAGAAUAUUUUCUAACCACCUUGAAACCCUUUCC